AGGCUCGGGCCCUGUCAGGACCGUGAACGUUUGGCCAGCUUGACUUGGCCACCUGGCAAAAGCAAUGGUGAUGAGGGCCUUCGUCCUGUUGGCUGUCUUUGCAGAAGCCUCUGCGAGAUCUUGCGCUCCAAAUAAAGCAGAUGUCAUUCUUGUGUUUUGUUACCCGAAAACAAUCAUCGCCAAAAUCCCAGAGUGUCCCUAUGGAUGGGAAGUGCACCAGCUGGCGCUUGGCGGGCUAUGUUACAAUGGGGUCCACGAAGCAGGUUACUACCUAUUUGUCAUCCCAGAUUUGUCACCUAAAAACAAGUCCUAUUGUGGAACCCAGUCCGAGUACAAGCCCCCCAUCUACCACUUCUACAACCACAUUGUUUCCAAUGACAGCACCGUGAUCGUAAAGAACCAGCCUGUGAACUACUCUUUCUCCUGCUCCUACCACUCCACCUACUUGGUGAACCAAGCUGCCUUUGACCAGAGAGUGGCCACUGUUCAUGUGAAGAACGGGAGCAUGGGCACAUUUGAAAGCCAAUUGUCUCUCAACUUCUACACUAAUGCCAAGUUCACCAUUAAGAGGGAAGCGCCUUUUACCCUGGAGACAUACGAAAUCGGUUCAGAUCUGUUUGCAGGAGUAGAAGCCAAAGGGUUAAGCAUUAGGUUUAAAGUGGUUUUGAACAGCUGCUGGGCCACACCUUCGGCUGACUUCAUGUAUCCCUUGCAGUGGCAGCUAAUCAGCAAGGGCUGCCCUACGGAUGAAACAGUCAUCGUGUAUGAGAAUGGGAAAGGCCACAGGGCAACCUUCCAAUUCAAUGCUUUCCGGUUCCAGAACAUCCCCAAAUUGUCCAAGGUGUGGUUACACUGUGAGACUUUCAUCUGUGACAGUGAGAAGCUCUCCUGCCCAGUGACUUGUGACAAACGAAAACGCCUCCUCCAGGACCAGACUGGGGGCGUCCUGGUCGUCGAGCUCUCCCUCCGUAGCAGGGGAUCCUCCGGUCUCUAUAGCUUCUCAGAUGUUCUCUAUCACCUCAUCGUGAUGCUGGGGAUUUGUGCUGUGUUAUAAGGGAGAGCCAGGCAGGCAGCUGCAGUUCCUCCACCCAAGACCAUCUCCUCUGUCAAUGACAAACUCACAUUUAUUGUGCUGCCAAAAAGAACAAACAGAAGACCGUAUUGUUGGGAAGCAGAGAACAGCGCUUUGCCAAAUAUGUGUUCCAGUGAUUUUUGUGAAUUUCAGCGAUUGUUUUUCUUCGGUGCCCCACUUCCUCUUGUGACUUCCUGUGGCUCUUAGAUUCUGCCGUCCCUCCCCUGCAGCCGGCGGAGGAGUCUCCUUUUCCCAUAGUCAAGUCGAGACUGCAGUGGACUCCUUUGAAAGCUAUUCUAAUUUUAAAAGACUAGCACACCCAACCAAGUGCAGCUGAGCAUUUUGAGGACUUUAAAGUACUGAGGACGGAAUGCACAGGAACAACCAACUUUGCUGAAGGAGCCUUUGUCUUUGAGGCUGUGCAAUUCCUAUCUAAGGACCAGAGCUGAGCCACCAGGCGGGGGUUCUAAUAUUUCAAAUGAUGAUGUGGGAAUCAGAGUAGAAAACAUUCGUUUGCUCAAACCUGAAUAAUAUAAAGGAAAGUGAUUCUCGAGAGCCCCCAGUGAGUGCUAACCCAACUGGUGUUUUAUUAUAAGUUUUCUUAAAUAUGUAUAAACAGUAUAUACGUAUACACUCCUUAUUUUUAUAGCUGAUAUAUACGUCUAAGAUCGAAAGAAAAUUACAAAUUGAAUAGGACUCAGGCUACAAAAAGACUAAAACUCAUAUUAGCAUUCAUUGAACAUGAUAAUGCGGCAUUGCCUAAAUGAAACUGCUACCUGUAACAUGCUUCAGAGGGACUGCCACGACAGAGUCUCUUCAGCUUGGCAACCCCAUCCUACUCGUGAUGCCCAAGGCUCUCACUAUUUCUAUCUGCUCUGCUAAGAAAUCUUCAUUUGUAGAGAAUGGUCUGACCUCAUUUAGCCUUUACUUCAACAUUCAAGCCCAUAUCUUUUUUUGUCUCAGUAACCUACGACCAUUCGAAUGGAACCAACAAAAACUCGGAAACACAAAUGCAAAUAAAAUGAAAACAAACGGCCAGUGAAAUCACGUGGUUUCUCAUGCUGAGAGCACUGCCACCCCAGUGAUCCAGAACAUGUUGAGAGUAAUGAUUUACACAGUCAAGCAAAUAAAAACGGAAAGAAGCGGUCCUGGUAGAGCAUUGGCGGAUCCCUGAAAACGCACUGAGGACCCCGGUUUGAAGCUAGACGCUGAGAUGCGCUAGGAAAAGCCUGAGCUUUAAAUUCUGUUCUUUGUCUUGUAGAGACUCAACUAGCGGGCUUAUCAUUGGAAAACACGUCAGUUUGUAUCUCUGUAUUUAAUGUAUUUGAGAAGUUUUGAGAUCUGUAGUUUGAUGGUUCUCUUACAACCAUGUUAAUGAACUCGGAAAUUAAGCUGGUUCUCAAACCUCUGGAGACACAGAGCGCAUGUUUAGCAAUAGGCUCGAUUAAAAUGACUCGUAGCUGAAACUGGUCUCAAAGCUGGUCCUCCAACCAGUUUGGGAUCUCUUCUUAUAUAUUCAGAAUUUUUGUAGUCAGGAAGGACAGAAGACAUAUUUCAUUGGUUCUAGUCAAAAACUCUUAAAUAGCAUACUCACAGCCAUAAUCAUAAAUCCUUGGCUGUCAGAGUAAAACAAAGUUGUGCUAGUUUUGCUUUGUUUUA